AUGGAAAAGUGUACAUUCUUGGUUACUAGUCUUGUUUUCUUGGGGUAUAUUGUCUCAAGUGAAGGUGUACGUGUUGAUCCUUCUAAAAUAGAAGCAAUUUCUUCUUGGCCAGAGCCAAAGAAUGCACAUGAUGUGAGGAGUUUUCAUGGAUUGGCAAGCUUCUACAGGCGUUUCAUCCGAAACUUUAGUACUAUGGCAGCACCUCUUACGGAGCUUACAAAGAAGGGUGAGUUUAUUUGGAUUAACAAUAUUAAUGCAAAUAGGGCUUUUGAAGAAUUGAAGAAUAGCUUAUGUAAUGCACCGGUUCUUGCAUUACCAGAUUUCUCUAAGCUAUUUGAGGUUGACACAGAUGCAAGUGGAUUGGGAAUAGGAGCUGUGCUUCUUUAA